CCUCCAGGUUGAUAAUAUGGCCUCAUUAUACCAGCGUGUCACGAUGAUACCAGAGGACCUCUUGAACACUCUGGAGGAUUUGAGAGACCAGGAAUUCCAGGACUUCAAAUGGUAUCUGCAGCAGCCUGACAUCCUGGCAGGCUGCCAAACCAUCAAAGCGUCCAGGCUGGAAAAGGCAGAGAGGCGGGACACUGUGGAUCUGAUGGUGCACACCUGUAAACUUUAUGGAGCUCUGACGGUGACCAAGAAGGUUUUAGGGAAGAUAAACAGGAAGGAUCUGGUGCAGAGUUUGUCAGACAGCAGCUCAGAACCACGAGUGGAUGUCAGUGAUGCUAAAGAGACUUCAGAGAAAAGAGGACCUUCCUCCUCACACACAGAAGGCAAAGUUGCUGUGUUCUCUGACAUGAUGGUUCCAGUACCGGAGCCACAACCCAGCUCAUAUUACCAAGAUGGUCUUCAGUCAAACCUCAAAGACAGGUUUAUGUGUGCGCAGCAGGGGUGGGCCCAGAAAAAGGAUGAGAAACGUAUGGAUAAUAUCUACACAGAGCUGUACAUCACAGCUAGUGGUGACGUACACAUCAACACACAGCAUGAGGUCAUACAGAUUGAGACAGCAGGGAAGCCAGCAGACACUGAGAAACCAAUCAAACCCAGUGACAUGUUCAAGCACCCAUCUGGAGAAUACAGACCCAUCAGGACAGUUCUGACCAAUGGAGUUGCAGGAAUCGGCAAAACAUUUCUUGUACAUAAGUUUGUGUUGGACUGGGCCGAAGGACGAACCAAUCAAGAUGUGCAUCUCAUUUUCCCCUUCACCUUCCGUCAGCUGAAUCCACUGAAAGAGGAAAAGUUUAGUUUGGCAGAGCUCAUUCAUGAAUGCAUCAGGGAGACCAGAGACAUCAAGGAAGAGGCUCUAAAUCACAUCUUUACAACUCUGCAGUCAUCAGGAAACACCAACUUUGACAAGAGUCCAUUCAAACUUCUGUUUGUGUUUGAUGGACUGGAUGAGAGCCGCCUUCAACUGGACUGCUUCACUAAUCGAAAGCAGAAUGAAUACUUUAAUGUUACAGAGUCCACCUCAGUGGAUGUGCUGCUAGCAAACCUCAUCAAGAAGAAUCUGCUUCCCUCUGCUCGCCUCUGGAUAACCACACGACCUGCAGCAGCCAAUCAGAUCCAUUCUGAUUUUAUUGACAACAUGACAGAGGUCAGAGGGUUCACUGACCCACAGAAAGAGGAGUACUUCAGGAAGAGAUUCAGAGAUGAGGAGCAGGCCAGAACCAUCAUCUCCCACAUCAAGAAAUCACGAAGCCUCCACAUCAUGUGCCACAUCCCAGUCUUCUGCUGGAUCACUGCUACAGUUCUGGAGGAUGUGUUGAGCAGAGAGGGAGGAGAGCUGCCCAAGACCCUGACUGAGAUGUACAAUGAAUUUGUGGUGUUCCAGGUUGAUCAGGCAAAAGAAAAAUAUGGACCAGAAAAGUGUGUUCAGUACAUUAAGUCAUUAGCAAAACUGGCUUUUGAGCAGCUGGAAAAUGGCAACCUCAUCUUCUACGAGAAAGACCUGAUAGAGAGUGGCAUCGAUGUCAGUGGAGCCUCGGUGUGCUCAGGAGUGUUCACACAGAUCUUUAAAGAGGAGCGUGGAAGAAAGAAUGAUGAAAAAUUGUUCAGCUUUGUCCAUCUGAGCAUUCAAGAGUUUCUGGCAGCUUUCUAUGUAGAGAAGUCUCUUGUUAACAGAAACAAGAAUGUCAUGUCUGAGCCAGGGCAAACUUGUAGUGGACAUGUACGAAUGUUUUUGAGCAAAACGUCUAUGAGAGAGCUCCACAGGUUUGCUAUUGACAAGGCCUUACAGAGUCCAAAUGGACACCUGGACUUGUUCCUCCGCUUCCUCCUGGGUCUUUCAAUGCAGACCAAUCAGACUCUCCUACGAAAUGUACAGAAAAAGAAAAGAAACUUACAGACCCAUCAGGAAACAGUUGAGUACAUCAAGAAGAAGAUCAGUGAGAAUCUGCCUGCAGAGAGAAGCAUCAAUCUGUUCCACUGUCUGAAUGAACUGAAUGAUCGUUCUCUAGUGGAGGAGAUCCAACAGUCCCUGAGAUCAGGAAGUCUCUCCACAGAUAAACUGUCUCCUGCUCAGUGGUCAGCUCUGGCCUUCAUCUUACUGUCAUCAGAAGAAGAUCUGGACGUGUUUGACCUGAAGAAAUACUCUUCUUCAGAGGAGGCUCUUCUGAGGCUGCUGCCAGUGGUCAAAGCCUCCAACAAAGCUCUGCUGAGUGGCUGUAAUCUGUCUGAGAGAAGCUGUGAAGCUCUGUCUUCAGUUCUCAGCUCAAAGUCCUCUAAACUGAGAGAGCUGGACAUGAGCAACAAUGACCUGCAUGAUUCAGGCGUGAAGUUGCUCUCUUCUGGACUGAAGAGUCCACACUGUAGACUGCAGACUCUCGGGCUUUCAGGCUGUAUGGUCACAGAGGAAGGCUGUACUUCUCUGGCCUCAGCUCUGAACCACAACCCCUCCCAUCUGAGAGAGCUUGACCUGAGAUACAAUCAUCCAGACUCAGGAGUGAAGUUGCUGUCUUCUGGACUGAAGGAUCGACGCUGGAGACUGGACACUCUCAGACUGGAUCAUGGUGGAGAGCAGAGGCUGAAACCUGGUCUGAGGAAGUAUUUCUGUGAACUCACAGUGGACACAUACACAGUCAACAGAAAACUCAAACUGUCUGACAACAACAGGAAGGUGACACAUGUUAAAGAGAAGCGGUCAUAUCCUGAUCAUCCAGAGAGGUUUGAUGUCUACUAUCAGCUGCUGUGUAGAAAUGGUCUGACUGGUCGCUGUUACUGGGAGGUCGAGUGGAAAGGAGUGGUUCAUGUAUCAGUGAAUUACAGAGGAAUCAGCCGGAAAGGAUUCGAUACUGACUGCAGGUUUGGAGGGAACGAUCAGUCCUGGAGUCUGAGGUGCUCUGAUGGUCAUUACUCUGUCUGUCACAAUAAGAGAGAAACUUCCCUUCCUUCCUCCUCCUCCUCCUCCUCCUCCUCCUCCUCCGCCUCUAACAGAGUAGCAGUGUAUGUGGACUGUCCUGCUGGGACUCUGUCCUUCUACAGAGUCUCCUCUGACAGACUGAUCCAUCUCCACACCUUCAACACCACAUUCACUGAACCUCUGUAUGCUGGGUUUGGGUUUAGCUUCCAGUCUGGUUCCUCAGUGUCUCUGUGCUCAGUGUAGGAGAG